AUGCACUCCAAAGAGCUGGUGCUAGGCAUAGCUGUUGUCCUCUCGGCGUUCACUCUGGUGAUCUCAGGGUUGAACAUGGUCAGAGGACCUUAUGGAGACGGGGCCGAGGUAAUGAAAAAGAUCGAUAGCCUCACAGCGCGCUUUGACGCACUGAUGGCUGCAGUGAACCAGGAGAAGUCGCAGAAACCUGUGGCUCCGGUUCCAGCGGAGCCCUUCACGCAGCCCAAAGUGGCCGCGGCAGCUGGUGUGCCAGCUGGAAUUUUUAUGCGGCCAGCGGUGCUGCUGGACAUUGAGGCAAAAGCGGAGCAAGCGUACUGGUACCAAGCUCGCGAACGCGAGCUGGCUAGACUGGUGUGGGAAAAGUUCAGUAGCCCCAACUGGCCUUGCAUGUGGGGCGAAGCUUUGAUCGGAGAGGGAGUGGGAGAUGGAUCGAAAUGGAUGUGCGGUGCACACGUGAUGCAGAAGCCGUGCGUGGUAUAUUCCUUCGGCUCAAAAGGAAACUUCAAGUUUGAGGAGGGCAUCAAGGCGCUGGGUCUGAAUUGUGACAUCCACAUCUUUGAUCCGACUUUUGGCGAUGUGGGGGUUACACGUGGACCUGGUUGGACAUACCAUCACGUGGGACUGCGGGCUUCGGAUAAUCGAAGUGAUCCGACUGCGCCCUAUCUGACGUUGCAGACCAUUAUGAGGGAGAAUCAUCAUACUUUCCUGGAUGUUCUCAAGAUUGACAUCGAAGGUGGGGAGCUUGGAGUUGUACGCCAGCUUGCGCGGGAUGGCUGGCCGUCAGUGGGGCAGCUUCUGGUCGAGGCUCACCAGACACGAACCUUCAGGACGGAGGCCUUGUUGGCCGAGUGGAUGAACAGCAUCGAGAGUGCAAACCUCAGGCUGUUCCACGCAGAGUUGAACAUCCACAAAGCAUGCUGCAUGGAGUAUGCUUUCAUCCACAAAGACUGGAGACCGGAGAUCAAGGACUACCUGAUGACAAGUUCAAAGUAA